AUGAAUUUCCUCUCGAUUAAUGUUAGAGGUAUUGGGGGCUCUGUUAAAGAAGGGUGGAUUAAAAGUAUUAAAAUGGUUCAUAAAAUUGAUUUUCUGGCUGUACAAGAAACUAAACUCGAAGAUUUUACGGGUUUUAAAAUCGAUAACCUCUGGGGGAAUACUUCCUAUUGUUCGGAGUUCGUUGGUUCGGUGGGACAGUCCGGUGGUCUUCUAUGUAUUUGGGAUGACGGUAUUUUUCAGGCCUCUGCUGUUAUUAAAAAUUUGAACUUCCUUUAUUUAGGUGGCCUUUUAAAAGGUAGCAAUGAGUCCUUGAACAUCGUUAACGUGUAUGCACCUCAAAGUGUGGUUGCUAAAAAAGCUCUUUGGGAUGAGAUUCUGGCCCUGUCGGUCGGAGUUUCUGGCAAAUGGAUUAUCCUAGGUGAUUUUAACGCGGUCAGGGACCCUUCGGAAAGGAAAAACUCUAAAUUCAAAGUUGGAUGUGCAAAAAAUUUUAAUGAGUUUAUUAAUCAGGCCGGUUUGCUCGAGUAUGAAAUGAAAGGGAAAAGGUUUACGUGUAUAAGAGAGCAUGGCAAAAAGCUAAGCAAAACUGAUAGGAUUCUUGUUUGUCCGGAGUUUUUUAAUAAGUGGCCGGUGGCGACGUUGAGGGCCCUCUCUUCUAAGUUCUCGGAUCAUUGCCCGCUCAUUUUAACAAUCUCAGAUAAGAACUUUGGGCCAAAACCUUUUCGUGUGUUUAACUCUUGGUUCGAUCAGCCAGGUUUCGGGGAUUUGGUUGAAUCGGCGGUCUCUCAGUGUGGUAGUGUGGUAAUGAAGGUACACCGGAUGUUAGGUUGUUGA